AUGGUUAUGAAUGAUGGGUUGCUGCGCGUUUUUUGGCCGUAUGAUCUUGUCCAGUCCACCGCCCCCGGUGUGAUCGUGGGCUGGAGGAACUCGGAAUUCGACCUUUUUGUCGUCUCAGUACUCGAGCAUGUUGAGGCGCGAAAUGUCGACAAUGCGCUACGAACGGGCAUUUUAUACCGAAAAAGCCGCCAUCCCAUCUCCCGGCUGUUUAACCUAUGCGGGAAGCCCGUCAUGCACGUCCUGGGUUCGACCAACGUAAAAGAAAUACCCACGGCCUUCACUCCAUCACACCUUUAUGUAGUGACGACUCAUCCAUCUAAAGUACCCCGAAUAUACUGCCCUCCAGAAACGAAAUUAUGCAUACAGAUCAUCUUGUUCCACCGCCCCCACCCCACACGCAUGCAGUACUUAUCCCUUUACCCAAUGUGCCUUGCACUAGGUGACAAACAUACAAGCAUUGAUACCACAAGCACUUUGGAUGAGGUUGAUACUGCUGAAGAAGCAGCCAAAAUCCGAUCUGCAAAACUCGUCAAGAAAUUGCGCUUACACACUGUGGUUAAGCAUGCUCCAUCUCCCAAAGAACAGUCACUUCCAGCGAUCAUUAAUCAAGUGAAUUGUGCCUUUGAAAUGGACCGCUUGAUGCAGAGCAACAUUGGAUUGAUUGGGACUCGACCAAAACGGAGUUUGAGCGUUGGAGAGAGAGUGGUAGAGUCCGCAACCACAGCGUGGGGUUUAUUCGUGUUCGGCGUCAUCUAUGUGUUCACUGCGUGGAUUUACCCAAUUAUCAAGCAGGGCCUUAUCACUGGGAUUAUUGUGCAUCGAGUUAUUGCUGAAGUCGUCCUAAGAGUCCUAGAGUGGCGCCCAGCACCUGAUGCUGCUGCGUUAAAGGAUAUAUCCGCCACUGCUCAGCAAAUCGAUAUUCGUCUUCAACAAUUUUGCUACUGGCCGAUACAGUACCUAACCCUGCGUAAGCGGAAAGACGACUGGGAGAGCAUUACACAUAGUCACCCCGAUUAUAUCAGAUUCUACAACAGCCUCUGGCUUGUUGCAAAUGAUGUGAUUAUCGGCAUCGCGCUAGGCUCAUAUCUUAUUGACAAUGCAGAUUGGGUCGCAGCUCAAAUGAAUUGGAUUUUGAACGGUUCUACAGCAGAAGGGUUGCAACAAACGAUAUCCUGGCUGAUGGAUUGGCCUGCCGGGUUGAAACUUAACAAUGAAUUGGCGGCAUUCCUAGGUGACUUGUUCCUGUGGGUGAUAGGGCGUUGGGCGAGUGCACUCUACGGUAUGCGUCCGUAUCUGCGCCAUAUCGUCUAUAUGAUAGGCUGCUCUGGGUUUGCAGGUGCGAGUAUGGCGCUUGCCAUGUUCUCCGACCUCCUCUCACUUUUCACCAUUCAUAUAUACUCCUUUUAUACCGCUUCCGCCCGCAUAUUUCAUUGGCAAUUAACCAUCAUAAUAUCCCUCUUCCACUUAUUUCGCGGCCGAAAAAGGAACAUUCUACGUAACCGUAUAGAUUCAUGCGACUACGAACUAGACCAACUGUUGCUGGGCACAAUUCUGUUCACACUUUUAUUUUUUCUCCUACCUACUGUUCUUGUAUUUUACCUUGCUUUUGCUAGUGCCCGUAUGGCUAUAAUAUCUCUCAAGGCGACGCUGGACACGUGCCUUGCUUUCUUGAACCAUUUUCCGCUUUUUGCGUUAAUGCUGCGGUUGAAAGAUUCUCGGCGUUUACCAGGAGGUAUCCAGUUUGAGCUACGAGACCAAAAAGUGCCACCGUCUGAUGACGAAUUUCGCUGUGCCCCCACUUCAUACAUUAAUCUUCAAGUAGGUGCUCUUCUGUUUAAACAGAAACGUUCUACACGAGUAUUGAUCCCGCCUAACACUCCACCCACCCCUAGCCCGUUCCUCUAUCCCUCCGGUCCAUGUUCGACCAGUACUUUCAGCUUGGCCAUCGCCUUCGAAAACACUAUCUCUCCCCCCGUGUCAUUUUUUGCCUGGUUACAGGACGUUUCGUACCUCCUAUUCAUCGUCGAAACAUGUACAGUUUGCAAUACAGCAUGCUACCCGCUCGACGGGUGGGAAUUGGCGAGAUCUGGUCUCGGUUAA